GAUUGGCUCCAGGGCCAUCAGGCCAGACCCGCUAAUAGGAGACGACAGCCCCAUUAAUGAGAAGUCUUCAAGGUGCCUGGCCCUCUUCCGCCCACCUGCCUGCCAGGAUGCCUGGGUCCCUCCUGGCCCUGGCACUGGUCUGUGCCUCCUUGGAACUGGCCUGGACAGCAACAUCCACCCCAGCGUUGACCCCCAUCCACCGCACUGGCUACUGCUCCUUCUACGGCGAGUGUGGGCGCAACCCUGAGGUGAACAUCAGCCUGUUUCCCACCCAGGUGCCUUGCCUGGACAAUGGCCCAGCCCGCAACAUGUCAGGCUUGCACCUGGCCGCCCUGCGCCGUGUCUGCCCGAUGCUGGAGGGCAGCCAAGCCUGCUGCUCGCUGGGGCAGCUCAACGCCCUGGAGGCUAGCCUGGCGCUGUCGGGGGGCGUGCUGGCGCGCUGCCCAGCCUGCGCCCGCAACUUUGCUACCCUGCACUGCCACAACAUCUGCAGCCCAGACCAGAGCCUCUUCACCAAUGUCACCCGUGUCUUUGCUCGUUCUGGCAUCGCUGCUGGCAGCUUCGCCGUGCUGGAGUAUGAUGGCUUCUAUCAACAGAGCUUUGCUAGUGAUGCCUAUACCUCAUGCCGCAAUGUCCGGCUGCCAGCCACAGGGGGCUAUGCCAUAGCUGCUAUGUGUGGCAAGUACGGCGUGACACUCUGCAAUCCCCAGCGCUGGCUGGACUUCCAAGGGGACACUAGCAAUGGGUUGGCACCUCUGCGCAUUCGCUUCCACCUCAUCCCUGACAGUGCUCCAGGCCCUGGUGAUGGCAUGAAGCCCCUGGGGGCUGCGACAGUGGCUUGCCAGAGCCCUGUGGAGGCUGGUAGUGAGCCGUGCUCAUGCCAGGACUGCCCAGCUGCUUGCCCCCCACUGCCACCGCUGCCAGAGCCCCCAGAGCCCUUUCAUGUGGGUGUGAUGGACGGGGACCUCUUUGUGGCCUGCGUGCUCUUUGCUGGGCUCUCAGUCACCUUCCUGGCCUGGAGAGGGUGGUGCUGCUGGCAGAGACGGGCCAGCAAGCCUCCAGCUCCCAAGCCACAGAAGAAGGAACGAGAGAGAGGCAUGAAGUGUACAGAAGCUGCCCAGGCCCGGCUUGGAGCUGCCUUCCAGUUCUGGGGGGAGCUGGUAGCCAGCUACCCUGGCACGGUGCUGGCCGUGGCCGCUGCUGCCACGCUGGGCUGCUGCAGCGGGUUGGCUUUCUUGGAGCUGGUCACAGACCCAGUGGAGCUGUGGGCAGCGCCGGGGAGCGAUGCACGGCAGGAAAAGGCCUUCCACGACAGGCACUUCGGGCCCUUUUUCCGCACCAACCAGGUGUUCCUGACAGCCCCUGGGCUCCAGGGCGAGAGCUACCACUCGCUGCUGCUGGGAGAGAAGAAUUUUAGUGGGGUGCUGUCCCAGCCCGUGUUGCUGAAGCUGCUGGAGCUGCAGGAGAGGCUGCGGGAUGUGAUGGUCUGGGCACCCCGGCACGGACACAAUGUGACAUUGGCUGAUGUGUGCUAUGCGCCCCUCAACCCUGAGCAGCCUGGCCCCAGUGACUGCUGUGUUAACAGCCUGGCCCAGUACUUCCAGAGCAACCGCACCCGCCUGUUGCUCACGGCUCCCCAGAGUGUGGCUGGCAAGCAAGGCACCGUGGACUGGAGGGACCAUUUCCUCUACUGUGUCAACUCGCCGCUGUCCUUCAAGGAUAUCACCAACCUGGAGUUAAGCUGCAUGGCUGACUAUGGAGCACCCGUCUUCCCUUUCCUGGCUGUGGGCGGCUACUCUGGGGAGGAAUACUCAGAGGCGGAGGCCCUGGUCCUGACCUUCUCGCUCAACAACUACCACCGGGAUGACCCACGCUUCGAGUGGGCACUGCUGUGGGAGCAGCGGUUUCUCGAGAUCCUGCAGGACUUCCAGCGCGAGCAUGCUGGCAACCUCUCUGUGGCCUACAUGGCAGAGCGCUCACUGGAGGAUGAGAUCAAUCGUACAACGGCUGAGGACCUGCCCAUCUUUGCCAUCAGCUAUCUUGUUGUCUUCCUCUACAUUGCCCUAGCUCUGGGCAGUUACAACAGCUGCCGCCAUAUCCUGGUGGACUCCAAGAUGACGCUGGGGCUGGGGGGUGUGCUGGUGGUGCUGUGCGCUGUGGGGUCAGCCAUGGGGCUCUGCGCCUACAUGGGGUUGCCCUCGUCCCUCAUUAUCGUGGAGGUGCUGCCCUUCCUCCUGCUUGCCGUGGGCGCUGACAACAUCUUCAUCUUUGUGUUGGAGUUACAGAGGUCAGAGCGGGGCGUGGGUGAGAGCCGGGAGCAGCACAUUGGGCGGAUACUGGGCAACGUGGCCCCGAGCAUGCUGCUGUGCAGCCUCUCCGAGGCCGUCUGCUUCUUUCUGGGGGCACUGACCCAGAUGCCGGCAGUCCGGUCCUUCGCACUCUCGGCCGGUGUCGCUGUUGUGCUUGACUUCCUGCUCCAGAUCUCGGCUUUCGUGGCGCUGGUGGCGCUGGAUGCCCGCAGGCAGGAGGCCGGGCGCUGGGACAUGUGUUGCUGCUGCAGCUGCCAGAAGGGCCAGAGGGCCUGGCAGGACUCAGGGCUGCUGCGGCCCCUGAUGCGCCGCUACUAUGCCCCUGCCCUGCUGCACCGACGCAUGCGGCCAGUUGUGAUGCUGCUGUUCUUCUUCCUCUUCUGUGCUGGUCUCUAUUUCACGCUGCAACUGGAAGUGGGGCUAGACCAAGAGCUGGCACUGCCUGAGGACUCGUACCUGCUGCAGUACUUUGAGGCACUGAACCAGUACUUCAUGGUGGGUGUCCCCACCUUCUUCAUCACCACAUCCGGCUACAACUUCUCCUUGACUGCUGGCAUUGACGGCGUCUGCUCCAGCACCGGCUGUGACAACAAUUCGCUCAUGCAGAAGAUCCAGUAUGCUGCCGAGUUCCCCAACGUCUCGUACCUGGCCAUCCCAGCCACAUCGUGGGUGGACGACUUCCUUGACUGGCUCAACCCCACAUCGGGCUGCUGCCGCAUCCAUGUCUUUGGGCCCAAGAAGGGGCAGUUCUGUCCCGCCACAGACUCCUCGCUGAGCUGCCUGCUGGGCAAGUGCCAGGCAGGUGGGACAUCAGGUGCCCGCCCAUCACCCACUGACUUUGACCGCUUCCUGCCCUGGUUCCUGGGUGACCGGCCCACCCUGCAGUGCCCCAAGGGUGGCCUCGGUGCCUACAACACUGCGGUGGAUGUUGGUCCCGGCGGCGAGAUCCUAGCGUCACGGUUCAUGGCUUACCACACGCCGCUGCGCAACUCCCAGGAGUUCACGGCGGCGCUGGCAGCUGCACGGGCACUGGCUGCUAACAUCACGGCUUCCAUGCGCCGCGUGCCUGGCACCGACCCGAGCUUCCGCGUCUUCCCCUACUCGCUGCCCUACGUGUUCUAUGAGCAGUACCUGAGCAUCGUGGGCGAGGGACUGUUCACGCUGGGACUGUGCCUGGUGCCCACCUUUGCUGUCAGCUGCCUGCUGCUGGGCUUGGAGCUGCGCCUGGGCCUGGCCAACCUGGUGGCCGUGCUGUCUGUGCUGGUGACCACUGGUGGUGCCAUGGCCCUCUGGAGCAUCCCCUACAAUGCUGUCGCCCUCGUCAACCUCGUUGCGACUGUGGGCAUCUCAGUGGAGUUCACGUCCCAUAUCACCCGCUCCUUCGCCAUCAGCACCCGGCCAGGGCGCCUGGAGCGCGCCAAAGAAGCCACUGUGGACAUGGGCAGCGCUGUGGUGGCAGGUGUGGCCAUGACCAACCUGCCAGGCAUCGUGGUGCUGGCAUUCGCACGGGCACGGCUGGUGCAGAUCUUUUUCUUCCGCCUCAACCUCAUCGUCACGCUACUGGGCCUGGUCCAUGGGCUAGUACUGCUGCCCGUGCUGCUCAGCUAUUUCGGCCCACCCCCACUGAUGAGCCUGUCCUCAGUGAAGACCCUGACCAGCUCCAGCCCUGGCACCCAGCCCCCCGAGGACCCCAGCAAGGAUCCCCCCACAUCCCCCCAGGCCUGAUCCCCACCUCUCCGGGGCUGCCAGGGCCUGGGUGGGCAGGAAACCAGUGCUAUGCCGGACUCCUGGGUUCUGUUUAGGGUGGUUCUCCCAGGCUGGGCCUGGCCCUUGGGGUAAUAAAGGCUGGUGA